UUUGCCUUCUUCGUAGUAGACAACUUGGAAGGCCAGAGGGGCAUUUUUACUCACCUGCUGUCGCAAGUCUACAUUGGCAUGGACCUAACCAAGGUCACCUUGCCCACUUUCAUUCUGGAGAAACGCUCCCUGCUCGAAAUGUACGCCGACUUCUUCGCCCACCCCGAGCUGUUUGUCAGCAUCGUGGACCGGGGCAACGCCAAGGAACGCAUGGUGGAGGUUGUGCGGUGGUACCUGUCCGCCUUUCAUGCUGGACGGAAGGGAGACUUGGCCAAGAAGCCUUACAAUCCGAUCUUGGGGGAGAUCUUCCGCUGCUACUGGAGGAUCGGCGACAAAGCAGGGGAUCCCGUGCCCGACGGACCGGUGCCCUGGGCUACCACGAACGACUUGUGCUUCAUCGCCGAGCAGGUGUCCCACCACCCGCCCGUGUCGGCCUUCUACGCGGAGCACGCGGGAAAAGGUAUCUGCUGCUGCGCGCACAUCUGGACUAAAUCCAAGUUCCUGGGCAUGUCCAUCGGGGUGCACAACAUCGGCCAGGGCACCAUCUGGUUCAUGCGUCACGAUGAGGAGUACACGGUGAACUUCCCCAGCGGCUACGGACGCUCCAUCUUCACCGUGCCCUGGAUCGAGCUGGGAGGCACCGUCAACAUCAACUGCGAGAAGACCGGCUACAGCUGCACCAUCGAAUUCCUCACCAAGCCGUUGAUCGGAGGCAAGAAGCACCAGCUGACAGCAGAGAUCUACCCGCCCAACGACAAGCGGCCUUUCCUCACGGUCUCUGGCGAGUGGAACGGCGUCAUGACGGCCAAGAACAUUCACGGGACCGAGGUGACCUUCGUCGACACGCACACCAUGCCGAUCACAAGAAAGAUCGUCCAGCCGAUAAAAGAUCAGGUGGCCUACGAGUCUCGCAGGUUGUGGAAGGACGUGACGCUUAACCUGAAGCGCAAGGACGUGGACAAAGCGACGGAGUUCAAGUCGCAGCUGGAAGACCGGCAGCGUAAAGAGGCGGCAGCGCGGAAGGAGUCCAACACCAAGUGGGAGACCAGGGUAUUUGAGCCAGAUGGGGACGGCUGGACAUACAAGUACCCGCUGCAAAAGCGCCUAGGCAUAAAGAGGAGGGGCCCUAAAGAAACGACUUCCACGACACCGUCGACGGCGAAAUAAGCUCAGAAAUUGCGCCCAGACACACUGGAGGCUUCCUCACGAACUCCCCAGCUAUCCUGCGAGCUCUGUGUACGAAGAAAGAUCUCCGCCCGUUUCCUCGUGGUCACCUGGGACAUUUAGUCGGUGCCACUUGCACAAACCGUGUCUCGGGACGCUUUCAAGAUUGGUAGCUGUGUGACCUUUUGGUACAGGCGGCGAGGCUCAAAGGACGUGGUUAACCGGCGGCGCGACGAACAGCUUUUGCGUCGAAAUAUGCCUCAAGGACUGUGAUAAUAAAUUAUGCUCCUCAGGAGCUUCAUUUGUUGCUUUCAGAACGCUUCACACGUUCCUAAAAAAAUCGGCUCUGCGAUUGGCGACGCCGUUGAUUUUUGGGAGGUUUUCGAACAACAGAUAUACGUAUACAUAAUUGUGGGCGCAUAUUUCGCAAUCGCGAUAAUGGCAGCGAGUGUGCGGUCCCAGGAAACUUCCGGUAACCUGCUUUGCCGGUCUGCUACGUUGGAACGAAAAGCCAGUUUCUGUGUCGUUGGAGUGUUUUUAUG